AUGACGUACAACGAUAGAAGGGAACCUAAUGGUCCCUCAGGUAACCUUUCUAAAUUAACCAAACUUGUCACCGGACUACGUCAAGAUAUUUCAAGUCAAACAGGUCGCAUCCUGCCAGAUUUGGAGGUCCUUCAAGGAAUUGGCUCGACUAUUAUUGCGGGGGGUAUCAUUGAUGACCGAAAGUAUCUGAUUGAGAGGAUCAUACAGGUUGCUGCAUCUUUGCCAGAUAACUCAAGGCUCCGUGACGAUAUCACCAACGAACUUGUGAAGACAUUAUGGAAUUCUCUGCAACACCCACCUGUCUCAUCUUUGGGUAAUGAAUUUAAGUACCGCACGGCUGAUGGUAUGUCACAGAACAUUAUGUAUCCCCAUCUUGGGGCAGCUGGAAGCCCAUAUGCUCGGACUGUGACACCACAGCACCCAAGACCCAGUGUGCUACCGGACCCGUCGGUCAUUUUUGAUAAUCUAUUUCAUACCGAUGAAAGUGACAUGAAUAGACUGAAGAAUUCAUCCUAUCUGGAUCUUGGUCCUCUGUAUGGACACAAUCAGGAACAGCAGAACCGAGUACGGACAUUUAAGGACGGACUUCUGAAGGACGAUACGUUCUCAGAAUCACGACUUCUUGGCCAGCCCCCAGGCGUGUGUGCCUUGAUAAUUGCCUUCAAUCGGUUCCAUAACUACGUGGUCAAGGAGAUGGCUUUCAUCAACGAGGCUGGGCGGUUUAGCUUGCCUACUGGUCUCACACCGGAUAGUCCCGAGUACUUAUCCGCCCUGUCCAAGCGGGACAAUGACUUGUUUCAGACUGGAAGGCUUCUUUACGUUAAUAUAAUCCUCGGUGAUUACCUCCGGACUAUACUCAAUUUAAACGCCAAUCCGGUUAAUUCCAACUGGAAACUCGAUCCACGCGGCCAAAUUGAUUUCUUUGACUCCGAAGGUGUACCAAGAGGUCUAGGGAAUCAGGUUAGUGCCGAAUUCAACAUGAUUUACAGGUGGCAUGCGGCCAUAAGCAACCAGGAUGAAGCUUGGGCGAAUGCCUUUAUGAAGGACCUAUUUGGGCAGGAUGUGGAUCCAAGCACUUUAUCCGUUACGGAAUUUCUCCGGGGUUUGGGGAAGUGGAGCGCGAACCUCGACAAAGAGCCUUCACGUUGGACUUUUGGCACGUUGGAACGUCUCCCAACCGGAAGUUUCAAAGAUUCAGACCUGGUGAAGAUUUUGCAGGACGGCACGGAGCAUGUUGCUGGCGCGUUUGGGGCCCGCAAUACCCCACAGGUCUUAAAAGCCAUCGAAAUGCUCGGCAUCCAACAAGGACGUGACUGGGGAUUAGCUACUCUGAAUGAGCUGCGGAGUUACUUCAAGUUGAAACCGUAUACCACAUUUGAAGCCGUCAACUCUGAUCCUGCCAUUGCGGAAGCCUUGGAGGCACUGUAUGGCCACCCGGACAACAUCGAACUCUAUGUCGGCGUCCAAGCCGAGGAGUCUAAAGUGCCCUUUUCCCCCGGCUCCGGACUAUGUCCUGGCUUUACUAUUUCCGUGGCCAUACUGUCAGAUGCAGUUGCCCUGGUGAGGGGCGAUCGCUUCUACACUGUGGACUAUGGCCCGGUCAAUCUAACGACUUUUGGGUUCAAAGAGAGCAAUUCCGACUUUGACGUUGCGAAUGGCGGGGCAAUGUACAAGCUUCUUAUGCGCGCUUUUCCUAGAUACUACGCCCCAAACAGUGUCUAUGCGCUCUAUCCUUUCACCACACCGCAGCAAGUGCGAGAAUCCUUCGGGAAACAGGCUGCUUCGGGAGAUCUGGACUAUAACGUGCCAUCAUUCCAGGGCCCGGUAACUGCAAUAAAGUCAUGGGAAGGGGUGACGCACGUAUUAAACCAACAAAAGCACUUUCAUGUCCCAUGGGGUUCACAUACAUUCCAGCUCACACACCACGAUUAUAUGCUGAGCGGAGACUCAACAGCAGAUGCCAACCAAAGAUUGUUCGUCGAUAAAUGCCUGUACACGCCAAAAGAUGCUCUUGAUGAAGUGCGGCGCUUUUACGAAGAUGCGACCUCAAGGCUUCUCCAGAAAUAUAGUCGUAAACUAGGGCCAUAUUAUCAGGUCGACGUAGUACGGGAUAUCGGAAACUUGGUACACGCGGAAUUCACUUCCGAAUUCUUCGACAUUCCCCUUUGUGCAGAUGCAGACCGAAUGGAUCGCGACUCCUAUACGACCACAGAACUGUACGAUGUACUUGCAAGUCUUUUCGGCUACGUCUUCCUCGAUGUGGAUGUUAUGCAAUCAUUCAAACACCGUGUCGCUGCAUCGAAGUACACAGAAAAGCUCGGCAAAGUGAUGCAGAAGCGUAUUGGGCAUGUUACCACACAUAAUUCCCACCUCCGGGAAUACUUAAUUGGCUCAAAAUCGAAGCAAAAGUUGCUACCUGAUUAUGGUACUGAACUUGUUCGUCGCCUUUCAGCCGGUGGAAAGUCGGCCGAGGAGGUGACUUGGACUAUCAUACCAACCGCUGCCGCCGCAUGCGCCACGCAGGCCCAAGGUGUAGGUUCUAACAACGCGCGAGUAAUUUUCAGGAAUCUUGCUAAGUACAUGCAGUGGGCCCAACUGAUCGAUCUCUACCUGUCCGACAAGUAUUACGUCCACUGGCCUGACAUUCAGAGGCUCGCCAGGUCAAAUGAUGCAGAAUCGUUCGAAAAGCUGAAGAAAUAUGCCCUUGAAGGAUUCCGCCUCUCUACUCCAGCCUUCGGCGUUCUCCGCGAGGUAACGAAGGAUUCUACCAUCGAAGACGGUGUCGAACAGGUUAACCUGAAAAGAGGCGAUACUCUUUUCGUCGAUUUUGUUACCGCCGGUCGCGACAUCACCAAGUUUCCAGACCCUGAAUCUAUUCGAUUGGAUCGACCAGAUGAUUUGUACAUCCACCAUGGAUGGGGUCCCCAUUCAUGUCUCGGUCGACCAGUUGUAACUGUCGCUGCUGCUGCUAUGUUGCGCGUUGUUGCUCGUCUGGAUAACUUUAGGCGCGCACCGGGUCCUGUUGGUGAGAUGAAGAACAAAGUUGUGGCCCCAGGUUUCAAGGUAUACUUGCCAGAGGAUGGGAGUGAAUGGACUCCAUUCCCGUGCAAUAAGAAGGCACUAUUUGAUAGUAUUUAA